CGACUGACUCCUAAAUAAUUUCUCUCACGUUCCAAAUUUCAAUAUUACAAAAUGAGCAUGGAUCAUGAUGAACAAUCUGAUUUUUCUUGUCGUAAUUUGGAUUGUACAGACGGUGAUCCGUUAACUGUAAUCACGAAGUCUAAGCGACCGGUGUCGUACCCGUGCGGUCCGGAGAGUGACUUGGUAACGGAGAUUCCGGGCGAGGACAGUCAUGCGUUGACCAAGAGGUACUCUAGUGAUCCGUUAAAGUUACCCACGACGUCAAAGGGGAAGACUCAGGUGAAACCUUUUACAAAAGAAUCUCUGGAACGACUUGAACGGAAGACGAUUCAACUGGUGCGCGAGUAUGGUUUUCAGCCGAGACGAAAACUUAGUGUCGAAGAUGGUUCGAGACUUCCUUCUAAAUUCGAGCCGUUUCCGAAAAGAUUGUAUGGAAGACCACUGGAGGAGAUUGAUAAUUUUAUUUAUGACGAGACGUUCUGCGUGGUCUCGAAAAGGUUUCGGAAGAACUACAUCCAUCGAUUCACCGCCACGAACUCGAUUUUUAUAUUUAGCCCGUUCAGCCCAAUCCGAAAAGUCUGUAUAUAUCUGAGUACUAAUCAGUUCUUCGAUUAUUUGGUUAUGGCCACCAUUUUGCUCAACUGUGUCUUCCUAGCCAUGGCGGAAACAAUUGAAGAAGCGGAGUAUAUUUUUUUAGCGAUAUAUACCCUUGAGAUGAUAAUAAAAACCAUAGCAAAAGGUUUUAUAUUAAAUAAAUAUACAUAUCUACGAAACCCGUGGAAUUGGCUGGACUUUGUGGUCAUCACAAGCGGAUACGCGACCAUCGGGGUCGAAGGUGCUAAUCUUGCUGGUCUCAGAACAUUUAGGGUAUUAAGAGCACUUAAGACAAUAUCAAUAUUACCAGGGCUAAAGACGAUUAUCAACGCCCUGCUGCAUUCCUUCAAACAAUUGGCGGAGGUCAUGACACUAACAAUUUUCUGCUUGAUGGUUUUCGCUCUAUUCGCUUUACAAGUUUACAAGGGCGAACUUCGCAACAAAUGCGUCCUAAAGAUGGACGACGAUAAUGCCUCCUACGAAGUCUGGUUUAACUGGACUCGAGAUCCAUCAAACUGGAUGUUCCAUAACGUCACAGAGGAGCCGUUAUUGUGUGGAAAUGUGACUGGAGCAAGACAUUGUCCCAGCACCCACACUUGCUUAUGCGUAGGUGAAAAUCCUAAUCAUGGCUACACAAGCUUUGACAAUUUUUUAUGGUCCAUGUUAACUACGUUUCAGUUAAUUACCUUGGAUUAUUGGGAGAAUGUUUAUAAUAUGGUGUUGGCGUCUUGCGGUCCAAUAAGUGUCUCAUUUUUUACAGUAGUGGUAUUUUUUGGUUCGUUUUACCUUAUUAAUCUAAUGUUGGCUGUGGUAGCUCUAAGUUAUGAAGAGGAAGCAGAGAUUACACAAGAGGAGCGUAAAAAAGAGCUAGUCGACCAUCGAGAAGAUUCCACUUUUAGCUUCGAUCCGACAGUGUUAAACGUAAAGCGACUGUCGAAGCACAAAAUGAAAAAAAUAGAUGCUCGUAAAGGCGUUCUACUGUCCUCGUAUAGUAGAAAAAAAACAAGACGGCGGAAACGAAACCGCAACUCGACUAAUCCGAAAUCGGAGGCGAGUAGCAUUUCGGACGCAAGUGGCACCAAACCAGAGAAUAAAGACUCCACAGCUGUUAAGCCUUCACCUAAAAAAAAUAUAAGAUCUGUGACGCCAAGCCGUAGCCCAAGCCCUAGACAUAGUCAAAACAGCGGAUCUCCCAGACCACAACAACUAUCACUUCCAUAUCCAGUACAAAAACAUGUGCAACUUGCCGAUCCAAAGUAUCCCGAUAAGCUACAUCCCAAUAAAAUUAUGGGUGGAAUGAAGAGCGGAAUGCAAAGUCGUCAAGCUAGCAGCAAUAGUGGCGAAGGGAAACAGUCAUCGUUAGAUGAUUCUGGAGUCGUUGAUGAUCACGAGGAGGGUGACGCUACGUCUGAAGACGUUGGAUCACAUCUACAAACAUCUUUAAGACGAUUGGAAGUAACACCGGUUACUGUAGCUGUUAGCCCUAAGGAAAUCAAAGUUAUAAAAUGCAACGGGGUCGGAUCAAGUAAAAAGAAGGCAGAAAUGUAUACCCUGCAACCAGAUGAAUAUUUAUCACAUAUUGUGGUUAUUGAUAGCGAAAUUCCCGAUAGAAACUGCUCAUGUUGCGAGCAGUGCUGCAUGGACUAUGAAGGAUGGUUAAAGUUCCAACAAGCGCUCUAUCAAAUUGUUAAGGAUCCAUUAUUUGAGUUAGCGAUUACGGUCUGUAUUGUGCUUAAUACGAUGUUCUUGGCCAUGGAGCAUCACGGAAUGAGCGAGUCGGUGUUAAGGGCUUUAGAUAUCGGAAAUAAGGUUUUUACAUCCAUAUUCACCUUUGAAUGCUGCCUGAAAAUUAUGGCUUUGAGUAAGGACUUUUUUCACAACGGAUGGAAUAUUUUUGACUUAAUUAUAGUAUCUGCAAGUCUUCUUGAUCUAAUAUUUGAACUAGUGGACGGUCUUUCUGUGUUACGUGGUCUUCGCCUUCUCCGAGUAUUAAAACUUGCUCAAUCCUGGAUCACAAUGAAAGUUCUCCUCAGUAUCAUUAUAAGCACAAUUGGAGCACUUGGAAACUUAACAUUCGUACUUGUUAUAGUUAUUUAUAUUUUUGCUGUUAUUGGGAUGCAACUGUUUGCUAAAGAUUACACCGAAGAAAAGUUUUAUCCUGAUCCUGUUCCGAGGUGGAAUUUUAAGGAUUUUUUUCAUUCUUUUAUGAUGAUUUUUCGAAUAUUAUGCGGAGAGUGGAUCGAACCUUUAUGGGACUGUAUGAGGGCAGAAAGCAAGGAGGGACCAGGUAUAUGCUUGGCUGUAUUUCUUCCAACACUAGUAAUGGGCAAUUUUAUGGUGCUAAAUUUGUUCUUGGCCUUGCUGCUCAAUAGCUUUAACUCUGAAGAACUUAAACAUCGAAAAGAGGAGGUCGGUGAUGAAUCGAAACUAGCGCAAAGUUUCCAGCGGUUUCGGGACCUGGUAAAGAAACGUCGCCUGCAAGAACAACAACAGAACGAGAAUAAUUCCAGGCUGGAACAGAUUGUUAGGGAAGUAAUGCAGCGACACGCCAAGGAGGAAGCUUUCAAAGCAGAAGAAUUAAGAAAAUCCCAACCGUUUCCCAGAGACAAACGAAGCUACCAGGAAGCAAUGAAUCGACCAAUAUCUAUUAUUAGUUACGACAUUCCCGAAUAUCAGGAUAUUAUAUUAGAAAAUAAAGCCGAUUGUACCUUCAAUAAGCAACACUAUGCCAUUUUACUAAAUACUCAUUCAAAGGACAGCGAUACGCCACCUAAAUACAGUAGCAGAACGGAAAGUAAAAACCUUAAAAAAUUAUCUUCAGAUCGAGGAACUACUAAUAGUAGUCGAGAUACAGAAAAUACUGUCUUGGAUGGAAAAAGCGAUAAAGAAUAUACGUCAACAGAAUCCGAACCAAAGGAUGAAAAAUCAAAAUGUGAUAAAAAUAAACCGGCCCUUGCUGGUGAAAGUUUACAACCUUGGCAAACUUUGGUAUCUUACGUAGAUGAAUUAACUGUGGGUGGAAGAAGAAACUCUAAAGGUCAAUUUAUUGAUGGAAUGGGUAAUUUUCCGGGGUUUGGGAUCAACAAGGAGCCAAAAGUACCACCAAAUUGUUUUCCAGAGACAUUUUAUCAUGGGUGUUCCUGUAUGGACAGCUGCUCCAAAUCAAAAAUGGGUUUAAAAUGGACCAAAUUUCGUACUUCUGUGCUCGCCAUCGUCGAUACCUCUGCCUUUGAGUGGUUUAUCUUAGUACUAAUAUUUGCAUCAAGUGUAACUUUAUGCUUUGAAGAUAUUCACUUGGAUGAAAACCCCCGCUUAAAGAGCCUGUUGUAUUGGACAAACUUGGCCUUUUCUAUAAUAUUCAUUAUAGAGAUGUUCUUUAAAUGGAUAGCUCUAGGCUUUAAAGAAUAUUUUUCCAGUUUUUGGACGCUAUUGGAUUUUUUAAUUGUGUUUGUUUCGCUAUUUAGUUUAUUAAUUGAAGAAAACGAGAACCUAAAAGUAUUAAGAUCCUUAAGAACUUUAAGGGCGCUACGUCCUUUAAGAGCAAUAAGCAGAUGGCAAGGGAUGCGUAUAGUAGUAAAUGCCCUAAUGUAUGCUAUACCGAGUAUAUUUAACGUAUUGCUAGUUUGCUUGGUUUUUUGGCUUAUUUUUUCUAUUAUGGGUGUACAGUUUUUUAGUGGAAAAUUUUAUAAAUGCGUAAAUGCGGAUGGAUUUAGGUUACCUAUAGAUGAAGUAGAUACAAAAUGGGAUUGUGCUAGGAAGAACUUAACUUGGGAAAAUUCUAAGAUAUCAUUUGACCAUGUAGGAGUAGCUUACUUAGCUUUAUUUCAAGUCGCAACGUUUGAAGGGUGGAUGGAAGUGAUGGCAGAUGCUGUAGAUGCAAGAGGAGUAAACAUGCAGCCAACCGAAGAGGCAAAUCUAUAUGCAUAUAUUUAUUUUGUGAUAUUUAUUGUAUGCGGCUCUUUCUUUACUCUCAAUCUAUUUAUAGGAGUUAUUAUUGAUAAUUUUAAUAUGUUAAAGAAAAAGUAUGAAGGUGGAGUAUUAGAAAUGUUCCUAACCGAAAGCCAGAAGCACUAUUACACAGCGAUGAAAAAACUAGGCAGAAAAAAGCCCCAAAAAGUAAUAAAAAGGCCGAUGAACGCUUUUUUAGCUAUGUUUUACGACCUGUCGAACUCGAGGCGUUUUGAAAUAGCGAUUUUUGUAUUGAUUUUCCUUAACAUGUUAACCAUGGGGAUCGAGCACUAUGGUCAACCUCAUGCGGUGUUUUUUAUUUUGGAAGUUAGUAAUGCAUUUUUUACUACAGUAUUUGGCUUAGAAGCCAUCGUUAAGAUGAUAGGUUUAAGGUACCACUACUUCACAGUGCCAUGGAAUGUGUUCGAUUUUCUCCUAGUCUUAGCUUCCAUUUUGGGUAUACUAAUGGAAGAUAUCAUGAUUGACUUUCCUGUUUCCCCAACUCUGCUUAGAGUAGUUAGGGUUUUUAGAAUAGGACGGAUUUUACGUUUAAUUAAGGCUGCAAAAGGUAUACGCAAACUCUUGUUUGCAUUAGUAGUUUCUUUACCUGCUUUGUUUAACAUUGGAGCCUUAUUGUCAUUAAUAACGUUUAUUUACGCCAUAAUUGGUAUGUUCCUCUUUGGCCACGUUCGGCAACAAGGUGCUUUGGAUGACAUGGUGAAUUUUGAGACCUUCGGUAGGUCGAUGCACCUCCUUUUUCGUCUUAUCACGUCAGCUGGAUGGAAUGACGUACUGGAAUCGUUAAUGAUCGAAUACCCGGAUUGCGAUCCUCAUUAUCGUAAUCAAACAAAUGGCGAUUGUGGAUACCCAUUACUGGCGAUAAUUUACUUUACCAGCUUUAUCAUAAUUAACUACAUGAUCGUAAUUAAUAUGUACAUUGCUAUUAUUUUAGAAAAUUUUAAUCAGGCGCAUCAGGAGGAAGAAAUCGGUAUCGUUGAAGAUGAUUUAGAGAUGUUUUACAUAAGAUGGAGCAAAUACGAUCCCCAUGCAACACAAUUUAUUAGAUUUUCUCAGCUAUCAGAUUUUAUAGCUUCGCUAGAUCCACCUUUGGGUAUCCCAAAACCGAACACAGUUGCCUUAGUGAGUUUUAAUCUUCCAAUAGCCAAGGGGAACAAGAUCCACUGCUUAGAUAUUUUACAUGCUCUAGUUAAGCAUGUUUUAGGGCACGUUGAAGAGACUGAUAAUUUUAGACAAUUGCAAGACCAAAUGGACAUUAAAUUUAAGAAGCAGUUUCCCACACGAAAAGAAUUAGAGAUAGUUUCUUCGACCAGGAUCUGGAAAAGACAAGACAAGGCUGCUAGGUUAAUUCAAAAAACUUGGAAAGAUUACCUACAGCGAAAAAAGGAUAAAGAACGAGAGGCAGAAGAGGUAGAUGAGACGACGCAAACGUCAUCUCCGGGUGGUGAUUGGCGCAGUCGUCUGUCGACCUUUUUGCACGUGCAUCGCGGGUCACGCGCCUCUAGUCGCAAGUCGUCCAGGGCGUCGGAUGCUAGCGACCUGAGCGAGCUCGGCGGGCCAUGGCUGAACUUGCCGCUGCUGUUGCUCUCCAGUGCCGCUAACGUGCCCCCUGAGGACCUGGAUUUAAGGCGCGAGUCCUCCGAUAUCGUCAGCAUCAAGGUCAGCCAGGCUACCCCAGAGGCCGGAUCGCCCCCCAAGGCCAUCACACCUUCAGGUGGACCACGUAGAAGAAGCCUUUAUAAUUUCUUCCUUCGGCACCAAGACGCAAUAGAAAAGCCCGAUUCAGCCAGCGCUGCUACCUCACCAGUAUCACCAAGAAAAGAGUUUAAAACGCCAGGUCCUCUCACUUUGCACCCUUCCAUGGCAGAAGAACCACCACCCAGUAGACGUGGCAGUAUUAUCCGCCGUAAAAGAGGCGGAUCAGUAAAAUCUCGUCCGACAUCCGUUUCUUCCAUUUCCGGUUGUCAAAGGACCCAAUCGGAGAAAUGUACUUAUAGUUCUGACGUGAGCAUUUUGGUAACGGAAGCAUCACCAGAGACUGCACUACAAAAAACAACGCUGACUAGACAAAGCAGUGAAUCUACGGUGGUUCAGGUUUUAGUUCAUAGGGAAAGCGAGGAGUACAGCCAGGACGAAGAACCUGAAAAAGUGAAGUUACUCGCCAGAACUGACGAGUCUAAUGAUAUCUUGGUGGUUGAUAAAAAAUCUACCGGGGAUAAUGUUGAAGGUAGCAAUUUUAGCUGAUCUUAACUUCUCCUACUUAGAUUAGAAUUUAGGUGUAAGUUUUUUGUGAUAUAGGAUAGGAGGUGUUUAUGGGUUAAAUUAAAAUAAUUGGCCAAAAUAUCACGGUUGAAAUUUAAUUAUAAGUGGCUUGUCAAAGCACUUAAUUCAAUAAUUAUUAUAUAAUUAUUAUAUCCCUAUCUUGCUCUUCUUCAAAAAAAUCGCCAAAGCAAUAAGCAUUUAGUUUAAGAUAUAAAGACACAAAUUAUACGUAACCGUAGAAUAAAAUUAUGUAUUUUAGUUCCUUUUUUUAACAAAGACGUAAAAAUUCCAUAUCAUGUUUAAUUAAGACGUAUUUUAAA